GCUGACAGAAGCACUGCAGCAUCCCGGACUGAAGCCGCGACUCUGAACCCUGCUUGCUGUCAACAUGUCGGAUUUAGCAGUUGGAAUUAACGGAUUUGGCCGUAUUGGUCGUCUGGUGCUGAGGGCCUGCCUCGAGAAGGGCAUCAAAGUGGCAGCGAUCAACGACCCCUUCAUUGACCUGCAGUACAUGGUGUACAUGUUCAAGUAUGACUCCACUCACGGCCGCUAUGCUGGAGAUGUGAGGGCUGAGGAUGGCAAGCUCCUUGUGGAUGAGCACUCCAUCUCUGUGUUCCAGUGUAUGAAGCCAGCUGAGAUUCCCUGGGGAGAUUCUGGCGCUCUGUACGUUGUGGAGUCUACUGGAGUCUUCCUCUCCAUCGAUAAAGCUUCUGCUCACCUGCAGGGCGGCGCUAAGAGGGUGGUGGUGUCGGCCCCCUCCCCCGACGCCCCCAUGUUCGUGAUGGGGGUGAACGAGGACAAGUACGACCCCUCCAGCAUGACCAUCGUCAGCAACGCCUCCUGCACCACCAACUGCCUGGCUCCCCUCGCCAAAGUCAUCCACGACAACUUCGGGAUCAGCGAGGCUCUCAUGACCACUGUCCAUGCCUACACUGCCACCCAGAAGACAGUGGACGGUCCCUCUGCCAAGGCCUGGCGUGACGGGAGAGGCGCCCACCAGAACAUCAUCCCGGCGUCCACUGGCGCCGCCAAGGCUGUGGGCAAAGUGAUCCCUGAGCUCAACGGGAAGCUGACCGGCAUGGCGUUCCGAGUGCCGGUGGCCGACGUCUCGGUGGUUGAUCUGACCUGCCGGCUGACCCGCCCCGCCAGCUACGAAGAGAUCAAGGAGGCAGUGAAGAAGGCGUCGGAAGGGCCGCUGAAGGGGAUCCUGGGAUACACCGAGGACGCGGUCGUCUCGACCGACUUCACAGGAGACACGCACUCCUCCAUCUUCGACGCUGGCGCUGGUAUCUCCCUCAAUGACAACUUUGUGAAACUCAUCUCCUGGUAUGAUAACGAGUACGGCUACAGCACCCGUGUGGCUGACCUGCUCAGCUACAUGCACUCUAAGGAGUAGCGUCCCUUUCCACAGGGGAGAGGACCGGAUCCACUCCGGACCAUCUCGCACUGCUCUGCUACUUUAGUUCUGCCGUGAGGCCAGUCACUUCCCAGCCUCGUCCACUCUCUCCCCCCAGGGGGCGCUAUUUCUGCGUAGUUUGUGUGUUGAGUGUUGGAGUCCCGUCAGCCCCCUGUACCUCACCCGGGAAAUCUAGUCACGCCUGCUUGGUGUAGUCCUUUCAUUGGGUGUAUCUUGUUGUCGUUGUUAAAACUAAUAAAGAGAUCUUAACAGAA